CUGUCAGUAUAGGAGAAACUCACAUCCGAAAGGGUGAAAGGUAAUGUAGGCAUUGAUGUGUUGUUGUGGAGGCGGACAGAUGCAAAUGUCUACCACAGUGUGACAUCAAAAUGUGGAGGAAGUAGAGAACGAGUCAUUUGGCAUUUCAACAAAUGUUCUUUUUGCAGUACAGUUACCUCUUAACUUUAAUAUUGGCAACUUCUUAGAACAUGCCAUGCUGCAGUGUUCCUAGUCUGAAAAGGAACCAUUGACAAUGCCUUGAAUGUUGGGUGUUAUGCCUGAAUUUGUUUGAGUAGCCAUCCUAUACAUCUUCCAGUAUGAUGUAUAUAUAGAAUAGUUGCCAAUAAUAAACUUUUCACUAAAAUGAAUCAUGGUAAUAACAUAUUUUACACAUAACUGUACAUAUAUUAUAACAUUACUUAAUUACAUACAUAAACCUCCAAUAUCUGCCAAAGGCAUUUAACAACUCCAAGGGCAAAACGGUUCUGUUAUAUUUAAAAGUCCUUAUUUAAAGAGUCUUGUGCUGUGAAAUACAACAAUAAAUCCAGAAAACUCAUUCUAUUGUGCUGUGUCCCCUCAAACUUCCAGGAGCUUUCAAUUGUGCAGCUUUUGCUGGAAAAAGCAAUCAAAGUGGGGUUUUUAGGGUUAACAGGCAGUUGCAUUUACAAUAUUGCUGUGCAGUUUCUGCUGACAUGAGUACACUCUGAUUUAAAUGACAAUACAAACAGUCGCACCACUAUCUUCUUGGAUGUGUAUUUAAAGUUCCAGCACCACUUGGCACCGAAACAGGAAAAAGCCCAACCCCCCUGCAAACAUGGGAAAGAUUAUCUUUUACGAGGAUAGGAACUUCGGCGGCCGUUACCAUGAGUGCAUGAGUGACUGUGGUGACCUGCACUCCUACUUCAAUUGUUGUCACUCCAUCAGAGUAGAAAGCGGUUACUUCAUGGUCUAUGACAGACCCAACUUCAUGGGCCACCAGUACUUCCUAAGAAGGGGCCAGUACACUGUGCGUAUGAUGGGAAUGAACGAUUGCAUCAGGUCCUGUUGUAUGAUUCCCAUGCAUCGUGGUUCCUUCAGAAUGAGGCUCUAUGAGCGUUCUGACAUGGGUGGCCGCAUGAUGGAGCUUAUGGAUGAUUGCCCCAACCUCAUGGAACGCUUCCAUAUGUCUGACUUCCAUUCCUGCCAUGUAAUGGAUGGUCACUGGCUCAUGUAUGAGCAGCCCAACUAUAUGGGCAGGCACUUCUACUUGAGGCCUGGCGAGUACAGGAGUUACAGCGACUGGGGUGGAAUGAGUUCCAGGAUGGGAUCCAUCAGACGUAACAUGGAUCCCUAAUGAAAGGAGUACUUGUGAAAUGUCUGCUGCAUGCCCUUUUUCACACACUAAAUAAAAUGGUGUCUGUGCUCAAGUGUAUUCAGUUUUGUUCUUGCUCUCUCUACCUGGAGGGGUCACUGCCUGACAAUGACACUUGCUAUUAGGCUGCCAGACUUCAUUUCAC